ACUGGAUAUCACUAAGCAAUGAGCGCAGAAGACCAGUUCACAUCUGUCCAAUGGGAUAGAGGCGAGGAUAGUCAUCAUACAAAUGAAACCGACACAUCAAUUCGUAGUCCUAUAGUUGAGGAAGAGCAAAGUGGAGAAGUUGAUCCUGAAACAAGCAAUAGUGGGGCCAAUGAUGAAGUGGCUGAAGUUAAUGAAAUUGAUGGUGAUACCACCAAGAACACUAAUGAUAAUAAUACAGAUCAAUCACCAGUAAUUUCAGAUGAAAUUAUUACCCAACUGAUAGUUCCAGAAGAAGAUGCUACAUCAUUAUUCCAGAAGUAUGCAAUUGAAACAUCAGUAUCUACCCCCAUCAGAGAUUUAGAUACAGCUUCCAAACCUUAUAUUUCAUAUUUAGUAGUAACUACUACGGAUCAUCCGAAGAUUUUAGAAUUAUCUUCUCAGAAAAUUGCCGAACUGGAACAGUAUUUAACUAUGAAAGUAAGAAGAAGAUAUGGAGAUUUCAAGAUUCUUCAUGAAUGUUUAAGUAAUGAUUAUCCAACAGCUUUGAUUCCUCCUAUACCAUCAAAACUGAAUUUCAAGUAUCUCACAGGUGAUACUUUUAGUACCGAAUUUGUUAAUCGAAGAUUACAUUCAUUAGAUAGAUUUGUCAAGUUCAUUUUACAACAUAAGCUAUUAUCACAACUGGCUAUGUUUCAUUUAUUUAUUAGUGAUUCCAAUGAUUGGGCUAACUUCACCAAGAAUUUACGAUCAAAAGAUAUAGAGGAUAAUAAUAAUGGGUUUGUAAAUAAAGUUGUUAAUGAAGAUCUAAUAACAGAAACAGUCAUGAAUUUCUUAACUUCUAAUAAACAUAAGAAAGAAACCAACAAAGAUAUUCUUGAAAUAUCAGAUAAAUUAAAAAAGAUAUAUGAGAAUUUAGUCAAAUUAGAUAAGAUGUUUGUUAAACUCAACAAGAAGAAUCAUGAUUUGAGUACAGAUUAUGAACAAUUUCUGAACCAAAUAUUAAAAUUGGUCUUAUUACAACAAGCAGAAAGUGAUCCAACAUCUGAACCUACUACUCCAAUUAAACAACUUACUGGUGGAGAUGAUAUUAUAUCGAAUUUUAAGAUAUUUGCUGAUUCAUUGAAUUACUUUCUGACAAAUUGGGCCAAUUUAUAUAAAUAUAUGGAUGAUACCUUCUUAGUAGCCCUCAAAGAUUGUUCAAAAUAUAUUCUCAGUUUGAAUAAUUUAAUUGAAUUAGAGCAUAAUAAUAAGAUUGAUUUACAGGUUUUACAAGAUUAUCUUAAUAAAGCUAGAAGUGAAUUGGCUACAUUUGGUGCUGGUGCUUCGAAUGCGGGUAGUGCAGGGCAUCAUCCACCUCCAAACCCUGUAUUUGCAUCUAGUUCUAAUGGUGGAAUAGUUAAUAGUACUACUCAAUUAAUUAAAGAUACAUUAUCAACAUCUGCAACUGCUCAUAUUGGUUCUACAGCCACAGAAGGUAAAAUUGCCAAACUUCAAGCCAAAGUUAAGCUGUUGGAAGAUGAGAUUGUUAAACAAACCGAAAUUGUUAACCAGUUAACUAGUAGGAUAAUUAAUGAUGAAUAUCCAAACUGGGAUAGAUUUAAUCGUAAUGAAUUAAAGCAAUCAAUGGUUGGACUCUGUGAUGAACAAAUCUCGUUUUACAAGGGCUUAGUUGAAAACUGGGGUGGUUUAGAGCUGAAAUUAUUGAAACGGUUGGAUGAACUAAAUUGAGGGGAUUCAAAUAUAUAGUUCUAAUUAAUAUAUAUACAUACAC